UGAUGUGUACAUUCUAUCGAAAACAUUGGAAAUGAACCAUUUGUCUCGCUUCGCUUCCUAUUUUACUGAGAGUUUAUUUUAAUGAAAAUGGCAUACCAGCCAUCGCAAGUAUUCGCCUCGUUCACUCCACAGACAGAAGAAACCAAACAUUUGCCGAGUAACGUUCAGAAAGGAAACAAGCUUGUCCGGGAAGUGCAAGUUUCCUCGACGGGCGAGUCGUUUCUGGCCCCGGACAGGGCGACUGUUCAGGUGGUUGUCACGAGCAGUAAAGACUCGAUUGGUGAUGUCAAGUCCAGCACAACCAGACGACUGGAUUACAUCAUACAAACACUGCACACACACAAUGUUAAGGAAGGUGAUGUGACAAUCAGUAAAUUCAUCCAGCGCGUCGACAGUCUGUACACUAUGGAGGCAGAAGUUACCAUUAUCUUCGUUGACUUCACCAAGUGCCAGUCGGUUUGUAACUUCCUUGUGGAGAAACUUGAUGAGACGGUCAAGCUGCAUCCUCCUCACUUCUACCAUUGCACAAAGAGUUUAGAAGGCCUAAGGAGGCUGGCAUGUCUGAAUGCAGUGCAAAAUGCUCGACAGAAAGCCCUGGACGUCGCACGGUUGCUCCGUCAGGGGCUUGGGAGACCACUGGCCAUACGAGAGGAGGAGACCACAGAGAUUGAGGGGUCACCGCGAGGUUCAGCCAACGGGAACGACGGACCGCUAACGUUCCAGCAACGCAUCGCUAACGCCACGGUGACAGUGACCGUUAAGGUUUUUGCGCAGUUUGAACUUGUGUCCAGAGAGAAAGGCAGGCAGACAAAGACAUGACUGAACUGAGGAUAAUGUGGAAAGAUUUUAAAUAGUUUACAUGGGGUGUGCAUUUCUAUGGAGAGUUACAUUGUACAUGUACACGUACAGUGUCAAAAAAGGAGUAUUUCAUUUAUGGACGUGUUUUGCUACAAGGAAGUUCAUUUACUUACAAUUAUGUUAACAAGAAUUUAGAUUACUAUUUUCAAUCAUUCCGCCUUAUGAUUUGUCAGGUCCACCCCCGCCAUUUUUUAGUUACCCAAACUUUAAUACAGAUGCAGGCCUUUAACUUCGCUCUUGAAGGGGCACAGCCAGUUUCCUCUGUUAAGGGCCACUUCUACGAGGAUAAGAGUGUAGAUUUGUAUUGGAACUUUGCAAAGGCCACCACAGAAAAUGACAAUUUCUGUUGGUGCCAUGUGGAUUUUUCGAAGCCUGAAUAUGUAUCGAGUUAUCCCUACUGUAAGAAGACUCUUUUCUUUGUUACAAACCCAGGCCUGUAUGCCUCAUUUUUGAAGGGGCAAGGGCACCAAGGCAUUUUCUCCAAGGAAUUUGUGAAUUUCUA